CUUAAUUUCUAAGUUAGAAUCUAAGAUUUGUUACUUGUUUUCCUCUCAGCACCCAAAAAUAUACAAAUAAGACUCAUUUAAUAAGAAUGUCGCGUAAAGGACAAAAGAAAAAUACGAAAGAAAAAGAAAAUACGAAUGUAAACAACUCAGAUAAAAAUGAGUUCUGCACUGAAUCGCCCUUAAUUGGAGAACUGAGUCCACUAAGGUUAGGACUAGACUUGGAUCAUAAUGGAAAUUCUACUAGUACUAGAACAACAAACGGUCCACAAAAUAAUGGGCCAGUAAAACGUCAUGCCAUUAGUGUGGAUCCAGAUGAUUCAGGAAUUGGAAAUCCAGCAGAUUUUACUGGCGAUCUCUCAAAACUUUUAGAAUGUUUUGGUGUAGACAUUAACAAAAGUCUCGUAGCGAAGCGCAGAAGACUCGAACAGUACACACAGGACUCCAUGAAGGCAACAGCUAAAAGAGUUUUUGAUAUGACAAAAACACAAGCUACAGAACGCAAAAGAUUGAUAGAAGAAUUCCAUAAACAAAUGAGCAACUUUAUACAGCAAGGAGAAAUUGAGUUAGAGAAGGCCAAGGAUGCAGAAGAUCGGCUGCAGAAGUUGAUUCAACAACAACAGAAACAUCAGCAACAAAUGAGGAUUUCUCAGAGUCAACGGCUAAAGAUUUUGAAACAGCUAGGCGAGCAAUUUUUCCAGGGUAUGGAAGAACUAGAGAACAGACAUGUUGGUCAGUACUCCUCUGUUCAGACUGAUCUGCGGAAAGAGAUGGCACUUCUCCAGAAGAAGAUUUUAAUGGAUACUCAGCAGCAGGAGAUGAUGAACGUUAAAAAAAGCCUGCAAAGUAUGCUGAUGUAAAACACAUUUUUCUUUUAAAGUUUACUCAUAUAGAGACGAGCAUUCACCACCAGGUUUCAAAGCUGUUGUUUGGCACGAUUCACUUUAUUGGUCAG